AAGUAUAUACAAAUUUUACAAAUAAUUAUACGUUGGAUCGAGAAAUUUAAAUUUUUAUUACUUGCUAUUCAUUGUUACGUAUUUAUUCCGCAGAGUGGUGCCACCUAUGCAUUAAAGAUAUCAUUCGUAGAGGCAUCCAUCUUUAAAAUAAAUAGGCAAUAUAUGCAUUUAGCGUGUAGUGCGUUUAAAGUUUAUAUUAACGAGAAAUUUGAAGAUAGAACAAACGUGAGUGAAAUUAAAUACGAUCGUGACAAUAAAUAAUCACGAUAAUUUAAAUAACCAUUGUUUAUACGUAAUUGAGAGUUAAAUACAAUGGGAAAGUCACGAAAUGGAAAGGCGGCAGUUAUCUUGACGUUAAUUGCUUUUAUAUUUGUGGUUAUUGCAUUCACCACACCCAAUUGGCUUGAAACGGAUGGUAAAUUGGAGAAUCCAACAUUUAGAAAAAUUGGCUUAUGGCAGGUUUGCUUCCAAGGUUUUGAAGAUCCACAUCAUCUGUAUGAUACUAGAUUCUAUGGUUGCUGGUGGGUUUUUGAAGAAGAAUAUUAUAUCAUUCACGAUAUUCUUUUACCCGACUUCUUCGUCGCAACACAAUUUUUCUUUACUCUGUGUAUGACAUUAUUAUUAAUCGCUGGAUUUUUAACUAUAACGUAUACUUGCUGUUCUCGACAUCAUGAAAAAUUUCAAUUGCUUUUAUGGGCAACCGGAGGAUCUUUAAAUUUAGCUGGAUUAUGCGGCAUUAUUUCUGUUAUAAUAUUUGGUGCCAGGGGUGAUGGACGUGAUUGGUUGCCCAAUUGGGAACACAAUGAUGUCAGUUGGUCAUUCGCUUUAGCAGUUGUUGGUAGCUUCACAGCAAUUGCCUCUGGUAUACUCUUUUUAAUUGAAGGGCGUAGAUAUAAAAAGAAAGUAGAACGAAUAUUGAAUGAAGAACAAAAAACGCACACUACUAUUUAAUGCAUUCUUAUAUGAUUUAUGCUAUUUUAUUUAUAGCAGAGAUUAAAUUAAAUAUUUUUAGCGUUAGGGCAUGUGUUCAGAAAGCAUGCAUUGCAUAAAUACAAAUAAAAAUCCGUCCAGGCACAAGUGCAUUCGCUAUAUCUAAUAUAGUAAAUUGCAAUAUGCCUAAAUAUAUAUACAUAUAUCAUCUAAGAAAUAUUAGAAAGAAUAUUACGCUUUUUUAUGAUUUUAUAUACAAUGUUAUAUAUCCAAAUUUAUAUGUAUAAUGUGUUUUAAACACUUUCAUAGUUAUACAUUUGAAUCUUAAGAGAUCAUAAGAGACUAUAUUUAUAUAUCAUGAAUUCUAGAGAGUAUUUAGAUAAAGUUUGUUGCAUUUCUUAGACUGUACAUCAUGUAUCAUUAAUUCCGUCCAUAAUAAUAUUGAUUUUUAUAAAAAAAAAAAAAAAAAAAAGGAAAACCAGUAGUAUCUGUAAAUAUCAACUAUUGUAUAUAAAGUUUCUGUAUAGUCUUAAAAAAAAAAGAAAAAAAAGAUAUGCUAUAUUUUUUACAUCAUGUAACAUGUAUUAAAGAUUAAUUAUUUAAUAAAAUCACUCUUUAAGAUACUAAUUACCAAUUAGUAUCUUAAGAUUAAACGCACAUUUCAAAA